CAAACAUACACCAAAGACUCCACUCCGGAAGUGCUAUCACAGUCCUCGAAGCUCUGAGUCCCAGUGAUGAUCUCUCAGAUCACUCCCACUCUGUACCUGAGUGGAGUGCAGGCCCUGAAUCAGUCAGCGCUGCACCACAGAGGCGUCACUUUGCUGGUGAACGCCUGCGCUGAAUAUCCCUGCCCCGAGUAUGAGGGGGUGAAAUGCAUUUGCGUGCCGGUGGAGGACCGUCCUCACGCCCCUCUGGACCAGCACUUUGACAGCGUGGCUGAGCGGAUCCAGCAGAACCACACUGGAAGCUCACUGGUGUUCUGCUCGGCCGGUAGAAGCAGGUCUCCGUCUCUCAUCAUGGCGUAUCUCAUGAGGUUUGAGGGAGUCACACUGCUUCAGGCUCAUCAGCGGGUUGUGACUGCGCGGCCCUUCAUCCGCCCAAACGCAGGGUUCUGGAGGAAACUGCUUCAGUAUGAGAGGAAACUGACCCACUGCAACAGCAUCAGGAUGGUGGCCACCUCGCAGGGUGUCCUACCUGAGGCCAUCCAGCUCACACAGGACUCGUCAUACUGCCUUCACCUAUAAUUCAGGAGGACGUUUUGAACUGGAUUUAUUUAUGGUGUGUCUGUGUUUUAAAACUCUUGAUCACGUUUAUAUGAAUCAAAAGAUCAUGUAUUUUUUAAAAACAUGUUUG